AGGUGGAUGCAGCUUCCAGCAGGUAAAUCCAAUAAGCUCCGGGGGAAAGACGCGCUGCUGUCCGGCGGGUCGCCUCGCUGAGGAGAACCGCAGCGCCCAACACCGACAAGGAGACAUACAGGUUGCUGCUCAUUGUCAUCAGUGUGUUUCGUGACCUGUCUGUGUUCAAUCCUACAAACCGAAUUUCCAUGAUGAUGAUAAAGUGGAAGUUGAAAAUGUUCACCUGGACUCACCUGAUGUAACGGUGUUUGCGUCACUGUGGCAACAGGUGGCAGUUGGUGAUCCAGAAGCAAAACAUUUUGCUUCCGGUACUCGUGUAAGUAACUUUGGUUAGCUUGACACCUCAUCCUCCGUGGCUACCUGCAUCUACAUCGGGUAACAGAGGAAGAACUGCGCACUGCGGCGUCUUCUCUGCUCUUCCUCAGGAGGCAGAACCGACCUGGAGGCUUACCUGGAGGAGUCUAUCACUGAAGGAUGAUAGCUGAACUGUCCUUUGAUCUCCAGCAAAGAUAAUGACCUGAAACACACCCGAGUUGCACAAGAGCUGUAAGCUGACGGUCUGGACAAAUCUGAAACGGUACCUUCCUGGGAAUUGCAACAGAACGGCCAGGGGGAUAAUUCUAGUCAUAUCCUUCAUAAAAGAACAAAAACAAACUGUAGUCUACAAUAACUAAGAGUUUUGUCUUGGUUAACCCCAAAUUUCCUGCUGAGACUUGGUAACUGAAGCUGGUUAUUGUAAGGAAUACAAGAUUCAACGAUAAUGAUGGAAGGUGUGUUAAAGUGCAUGUGAUCCAUGGCGUCCACAAUGUCCCAGCUGCAGUUUGGCCGGCUGCAUGGUCUUCGUGCUAAACUGCUGCGGCGCCAUGAGCACCAGCCUUUGGUGUCGUGUCUGGCUGGUCUGUACGGCUGCCAGUGGAGACGCUACGAGAGGAGCUGCACUCAGCCAGGAGACUGCUGCUGCAACAAGUUGGAAGGUGUCAGCUUUGCUCUGCUUGUGGCAGCUUUCUGCUUAACGCUGGUGUUUCUCUACUUCUGGGGACAAGCAAAGAACGACUACAAUGACUUUGACUGGUUUAACUUUGGCAACAUGGGCUUCUGGUUUCCUUGGUCUGUGGUGCUGCUGGUCAUCGCCGCAUGCUUCUUCACCUACAUCACUGUACUCAUGCUGUUGGCUGUGUGUUUGAUGUCAGAGGGCCAGAAGCUUUAUUUACACUGGAGUCACAAGAUUGGGAUCCUGGUGAGCCUGACUUUCUCCAUCGUAGCCACUGCCGUCUUGUCAGAUCUGUGGAGUAAAGAGUGGAAGACGUUACUACUUUCCUUCCAGGUAACGGCUCCUUAUUUACAUUUGGGUGGAGUCGUACUCAUGACAGCGCUGGCAUGGCCGGUAGCUUUGCAUUUCUUUCGCAUGAACAGCAGAGUAAGGCAGGUCCUGAUCAUAGGGGUGUACAUGACCCUCCUGUCCACCCUCUACUUGGUACCCCUCGGUUUGUAUUCUCCUUGUAUCAAAGAGAAGGGGACCUUGGGCCCCGCACCGGCUCUCAUCAGCCACAGAGGUGCUCCCAUGCUUGCUCCAGAAAACACAAUGAUGUCGUUUGAGAAGGCCGUGGAAGCAGGAAGUGAAGGUCUGGAGACUGAUGUCACCAUCAGCUAUGAUGGGGUUCCCUUCCUGAUGCAUGACCAUUCCCUGCGACGGACCACCAACAUCCACCAGGUUUUCCCCAACCGGACUGACACCCCGGCUGCCAUGUUCACCUGGGCAGAUCUGGAGAACCUGAAUGCCGGAGCCUGGUUCCUGUCUCACAAUCCUUUCGGUACAGCCGGCUCUCUGGGAGCAGAGGACAGACUACGGGCAGAAAAACAGUCCAUCUGCAGCCUGCAGGCCUUCCUCCAGCUGGCAGCUCAGAAAGACAAACUGGUGAUCUUUGACCUCUACCGUCCACCCAGAGGACACCCUUACAGAGAUACCUGGAUCCAUCGCACGCUGGAGGUCGUCCAGAACGAGUCGUCCAUCCACUCCUCGAAGGUGCUGUGGCUGCCUUCAGAUCUGCGUGCUCUGGUCCAGGAGAUCGAUCCUGAGCUCCAGCAGACAUCAGGAAGUCUGCUCCCCCUACAGGAGCUCCAGAGGAACCGCAUCGUCAAACUCAACCUGCAUUACAGCUCCAUGUCCACUGAGCUCAUCAGUGAGUACGCUGCCUUGAACAUCACCACCAACCUGUAUGUGAUCAGCCAGCCGUGGCUGUACUCUCUGGCCUGGUGCACUGGAGUCCACUCGGUCACCACCAACGCUCCCCAGCUCCUCAGCACCAUGAGCUCCCCUCUCUUUCUAAUGAGUCCAGAUGAGUAUAACCUGAUGUGGAUUCUCACUGACCUGGUGUCCCUCGUGCUGAUCCUCAUCAUCUUCAUCUUUCACUGGUGGCGGGAGCGAAGACUGGCUUUCUGCUCGGGCAGCGAAAUCAAGCUGGAUAACGGCACUUAUAUCAAGUUUAAAACCGAGAUGAGUGAUAUAUGGUCAGUGUCCAGCGCUAUCUCCCAAGCAGAGAGGACACCCACCCUGGCAAUCGUGACUGAGCACUAACAUCUGCCUCUGAGAGGAGCAAACCUGGCAACAUGAGCCUCCAUCCUGGCAACAUGAGCCUCCAUCCUGCCAACCUGGGACAUCUCAGCACGUAACAUUGUCAAGUACUUUCACUACUACAAUGAAAUAAAGUGAUUUAACAUUUAUUCACUUUGUUAGUAGCUGUUCAAUCAAAUGUUUUCCUCAGGCUGAACUUUUAAGGGAUUUUCCCUCAGAAAGGACAAGGUUUAGCUUUUUUUGGAGACCAGCUGACUGGACUGCUUAAUCUCUCUCCAGCUACAUCAGUCCAUUAAUUUACAGCAGUGGUUCUUAAACAUCCCCACCCGAAACAAGGUUCAGGUUAGCAAAAUGGCAUCAGAGGACUUUUGUUUAUGCUACCACAUGAAUCAUAUUCAUGCAACGUUGGGUCUGCUCAACAUUUAUGACCCCCCCCCAAAUUUAGUCAGCAGCCGGCUAGCUUACAAUAAAGCCUGGAAACAUGGGGAAACUGCUAGCCUGGCUCUGUCCAUCGGCAACAAAAUCUGCUUAUCAGUUUGUUUAAGCCAUAUAAAAAGUAGGAAAUUAAGUGGAAAAUGACAAAUUGUGGUUUUACAGGCGUUAUUUGUUGGACUACUUCUUGGCUGGGCCAAAGUCGUCCAUACUGGUUGCCUGGAAGCCUCACAGUAAUGACAAAACUCCAUGAACUAAUAGAGGCACAAUUUCUAAUUAGUCAUGUUACACUUCUUUGAUAAAGACCUGAUACUUUGUGAUAAUUUUUGUGUAUUUACUUCAUCCUUAUCAUGUAUACUAUACUAUUUUUUUAGGAGAAUAAACUGUAAAUAAAAACAUUCACUAGAUACUUA